GCUUGCUUUGAACAGCAAACCAAACUCAACACCUCUGAAACCAUGUGUCACCACAGCAGCUACUACGGAGGCCUGCGCUAUGGCCUUGGAGGCUUCGGUGGCCUGGGCUAUGGCUAUGGCUGUGGCUGUGGCUGUGGCAACUUCCGCAGACUGGGCUAUGGCUGUGGCUAUGGAGGCUAUGGAUAUGGAUCUGGCUUUGGAGGCUUUGGAGGCUUUGGAUAUAGAUGUGGCCGUCCAUCAUGCUAUGGAAGAUAUGGAUUCUCUCACUUCUACUGAAAUCCUCCCCAGAGGAACAUUACUUCUGAGUCCAUAAGAGGAUUAAGCAAAUUUGGCAAAAAUUGAAUCAAAAAAUGUUUCUCUGGACCAAACCAAUAGCAAAAAAUAUUUUAAGAGUCUAUUUUAAGAGUAUUUUUCAUCCUGUAAUUACAUGCAUCCUGAUGUCCUCUAUCUGUACUUGAAUAAAUAUAGAAUAUUUCAGCUGUCUGAAUUUGAAUGGCAUUUAUCAAUGCAUUUAUUUGUUUAAAUGCUAGCUUUAUCUUUGUUGUUCAUUUUUCUUCUUGAGUGUUUUCAAAAAGUAAUUAAAUAAAAACCCUAAAAAUUCUAUUCCUGGGUUUAUGCAAUUACCACAUUCAGUUUAUGAAGAUUUGUCCACAUUCCACAUUAAACAUCUAUUUUUAUUUAAGAAUUUUAGUUCUGAUGAUCCUUGAAUCUACCAACUUUAACUUUAGCUGUAUCUGAAUAAAAUAAGUAGUAAACAAUGCUUAUGCUAAAUUCAAAUAAAAUUAAAGUAUUAAGAUGAAUCAGAAAGAUUCAGACUAGCGUGUGUGUGUGUGUGUGUUUCUGUGUGUCAGGUAUCAUGUUUAGACCUGGAAUGUCCCCAGUGUACCAUAUAUCAAAGGCUUGGAUCCUCAUGCAAUAGUAUACAGAGGAGGAGAUUUGGGAAAGUGAUUAUGUCAAGAGGGCUCUGACCUCAUCGAUGGAUCAAUUCAUUGA